AUCAUAGAGAAAUCGUCUUUUUUACCUCUCCACGCCCGGCGGUAGCUUGUGCCCUUACUGAUAUUUAUUUUGUGAUUUAAAGUUAAUUACUGAAAAAUGGACACAAGAAAGCUAACAGAGAUUUUGCGUGGAACAAUCGAUCCUGUUCAGAGACUGGCGGCAGAAGAACAGCUUUCCCAGAUCCACAAGAUUAUCGGAUUUGCACCUUCAUUAUUGCAAGUUGUUAUGCAAAAUGAUGUUCCCAUACCAGUAAGACAAGCUGGUGCAGUAUACCUAAAGAAUCUAAUUAAUUCAGGAUGGCAGGAAAAGGAGCCAGAGAAUGGCGAACCUAUUCCAUUCAACAUCCAUGAGCAAGACCGCUGCAUGGUCCGGGACCUUAUUGUAGAUGCCAUUAUACAGGCACCAGAUAUAAUAAGAGUUCAAUUGUGUGUCUGUCUUAAAACAAUCAUCAAACAUGAUUUCCCGGCUCGGUGGACUCAGAUUGUGGACAAGGUCAGCAUAUACUUGCAAAGCCCGGAACCAAACACAUGGAUGGGAGCUCUACUAUCUUUAUACCAGCUAAUCAAAAAUUAUGAAUACUGCAUUGCUGAAAAAAGAAUUCCACUAAAUGAAGCAAUGAAUCUGCUUCUGCCUAUGAUGUACAACUUGAUUGUGAAUCUCCAAGGCGAUCCUUCUGCAGAAUCUGUCCUGAUACAGAAGCAAAUACUCAAAUGUUUCUAUGGUCUAAUAAAGUACAUUUUGCCUUUAGACCUAAUCACAAAGGAUAUAUUUACCAAGUGGAUGGAGGUGUUACGAGUAGUGAUGGAACAACCCGUACCAGAGUCAACUUUGCAAGUCGACGAGGAUGAGCGUAUGGAACUUCCAUGGUGGAAAUGUAAAAAGUGGGCGGUGCACACCUUAUACAGAUUGUUUGAACGGUAUGGCAGUCCAGUAAAUGCCCGUGAAGAGUAUGCACAAUUUGCCGAGUGGUACCUUACUACCUUCACUCGUGGAAUCUUGGAAGUUCUGUUGAGAGUAUUAGACCAGUACAGAAACAAAGUGUAUGUUUCACCACGGGUUCUUCAACAGACAAUCAGCUACAUUGACCAAUGUGUAACCCAUGCACAUUCCUGGAAGCUCUUGAAGCCCCAUAUGUUUGCGAUCAUACAAGAUGUGCUGUUCUCUCUCAUGUCAUACUCCGAGGCUGAUGAAGAACUGUGGAAAACUGAUCCCCAUGAAUACAUAAGAAUAAAGUUUGACAUAUUUGAAGACUUUGUGUCGCCUGUCACUGCCGCUCAAACACUACUGACAUCUUGCUGCAAAAAGCGUAAAGAUAUGCUGGGACGCACUAUGCAUCUGUGCAUGCAAGUGCUAACCAAUCAAAAUUGCGAGUAUGGACCUCGACAGCGUGAUGGUGCCUUGCACAUGGUUGGCACGCUCAAUGAUAUCCUCAUCAAGAAAAAGAUGUAUAAAGAUGAAAUCGACUCUCUUCUGAGCCAGUAUGUUUUUCCCGAGUUCCACAGUCCUCUCGGCUACAUGCGUGCCAGAGCCUGCUGGGUUCUGCAUAGUUUUGGCAAUAUUCGUUUUAAGAAUGAUCAGUUGCUUCUCGAGGCCAUCCGAUUAAUCGUUACGGCUCUUCUCAACGACCACGAAUUACCCGUAAAAGUUGAAGCAGCAGUUGCUAUUCAGAUGCUAUUGUGUUCGCAAGAGAAAGCUCACAAAUAUUUAGAGCCUCAAGUGAAGGCCGUGACAUCCGAGUUACUGAAGCUAAUUCGGGAGACUGAAAAUGACAACAUAGCGAUUGUACUGCAAAAGAUAGUACCCUUGUACACUGAGCAGUUGAUCGAUAUGGCCUACGAGAUCACCGAGCAUUUGGCGACGACAUUUAGCAAAGUAAUUGAGACAGACUUAGGAACCGAUGAGAAAGCUAUUACUGCUAUGGGUCUUCUUAACACCAUGGAGACAGUCCUCACUGUGAUGGAAGAUAAUCCAGAAAUUAUGGCUCAGCUGGAGAAGACAGUGCUUCGCGUGGUUGGACACAUACUGCAUCACAACAUUAUUGAAUAUUACGAAGAAGCCAUGACUCUGCUCUGCAAUUUGACGUCUCGGAACAUUUCUGAGGACAUGUGGAAGGUUCUGGAGAUGCUGUAUCAAGUUUUUGAAAAAGAAGGAUUCGACUACUUCACUGAUAUGAUGCCAGUACUGCAUAACUACAUCACCGUCGAUACGAACGCCUUCUUGUCUAAUGAGAACCAUAUCCUCGCGAUGUUCAAUAUGGUUAAAGGAGUGCUGAAUUCAGAUGCUGAAGAUGAGUCGGAGAUAUAUGCGGCCAAACUUCUGGAAGUGAUGGUCUUGCAAUGUUCCGGCAAGAUAGACAAUUGUCUGCCCUCCUUUGUUGAGUUAGUGCUCAACCGUCUGACGAGGAAAGUCAACACUUCUGAGCUGAGGACCAUGCUGCUCCAGGUCCUUAUUGCCAUAUUGUACUGCAACCCCCAACUCUUAUUCACAAUAUUAGACAAGCUGCAGGAGUCUGUGCCCAACGCAUCUAUCACACAGCAUUUCCUAAAGCAAUGGAUCCAUGACACUGAUUGCUUCAUGGGAUUGCACGACAGGAAGCUGUGCGUCCUCGGAAUUUGCACCCUCUUAGAAAUGGGUCCCCAAAGGCCUAACCUUGAUGAAAUCAUGCCCAAGCUCUUGCCCUCAUGUCUCGUGCUGUUUGAUGGGCUGAAGCGAGCUUACGAAAUCAGGGCAGAGGCUGAUGAGGAGACAUCUUCUGAAGAGGAUGACGAAGAAGAAGACGAAGAAGUACUGUCGAGUGACGAAGAUGAUCUUGACGAAAUGAACAACGAGUAUCUUGAGAACCUUGCCCGCAUGGCUCUCAAGUCUAGCGAGCUACAGGGCAUCACUAUGACCGCCAAUGUCGAGGAAUAUGAAGAGAGUGACGAUGUGAGUCCACUUGAUGACGACGAUUAUGAGCCAGAGGAUACCGCCAUAGAAUGCUAUACAACUCCUCUUGAUGACAAGGACUGCGUCAUUGACGAGUAUAUCAAAUUCAAAACUACAUUGCACACGCUCUCGACUACUGAGCCAGCCCUGUACCAUGCCCUCACGAGCGGGCUCAACGAAUUGCAACAGAAGCAGCUAAACGCUGUCUUCGUAUUAGCAGACCAGCGCAAGGCGCAGCAGGACAGUAAACGCAUUGAGCAAAGUGGAGGCUAUAUGUUCACCGUACCUGCACAGGUGCCAACCAAAUUCAAAUUCGGCUCGUAAAUGUAACAUAGCAAAUAUUACUCGUAAACAUUCAUCACACUUGUUGAAUAUAUCCUCCAAUUUGCCGCUUACGCUAUAAUUAAUACAAAUAGGUAUAUCAGCUCUAAAUUGCUCGUUCGUUUUAGCAUCGCAGUUGGAGCACCGGAGCUGCUUCGCACUCCGACGGCUAAGUAAACUGUUCUUAGUUCACAUGCGUAGGCGGCCAGCUAAGGCUUAAAUUCUUAGUGAGGCUGUAGGCUAAUCUAUGCCCUUGAUUCAAGCCCGCGGCAACAUUGGAACAGGAGCAUAUAUUACAAGUGUGCUUGUCUUCGAACAUAUAUGUAUACACAGAUGUGACACAUACAAAAUAUGUUUUAAAAACUUACAAAGUGAUCACUAAUGACAAAGGAUUACUGUCAAUUCAAGCGACUUACUAUUUAUUAUAUUUAUCACUUUGUAAAUAUUUAUUACGUAUCGUUACUUUACUGAUAUUGUGCUUCAUACAUAAUAUGUUAAAAUUAUCUAUCAAUAGAAUUUACUAUUAUGAUAUUCUUGAUGAAGAUUAACUCGUCGAGUACCGGUUUUGUAGACACAAUUAUAGAACAAUAGGUUGCGGUCACCGGUGACCGCUUGGUGCUUGACAGUUUAAUAUUUUAAUUUGAUGCUAAAUACAUAUUAUUAUUGCUUUUGAUUGGCAAUUUGUUCCUGACGAAGCUACUUUAGCGAAUGAAUAUAUACUAUAUUAAUUAUUAUGAGAUGAAUAAGGAAAUUUGUGAAAAUUAAAUCGAGUUCCUUUAUGCUUUGUGACAUGUAUCCACAAUUUUACACAUUAGUGCCAACAUAAUAUUAUUGUAAUCUAAUUUUGAAAUGAAAUACCUAUUGUAUUGACGGGUUGUGUUGUUCGUAGGUCGUAAACAAAUUGCAAUUAUGUAUUAUGAAGUAACAAUAUCAGUGUUUCAUUGAAAGUGGAGAAAACCUUCAGGUAUAAUUAUGCAAAUAUGUCUCGACUCGAGAGGCUAAACACACUGUUUACUCUAGAUUUAUUAACAUAUUAUGAUGGUAUAUUCGGGAAUUAGAUGUUACAAUUUAACUCUGUCUGUUCGUAGUUAGAUGGGUUCCGUAUUUAAUUAUAGUUCAAUUCAUGAUAUAUCAAUGUUUAAAAUCAUGUUCGUUUAGCAAAAUAUGAUAUGUAAUGAUAAUGAUAAUACGUAAACAUGUCUAAUUCAAUAGUCAAUAGUUUGUAGGUGGUUUUUCCUUAAUAGGGAUUGAUAGUAACAGUCAAAUUUUAAGUACAUAUCAUAACAUGUUGCUUGCUCGUCGUUUAAUUAGGACGAACACACUCUGCAGACCUUCCUUCAAAGUAGUUAGAAUGUACGGAACCCUUGCAGGUUACAUUAUUAGCAUUAAUCAAAUCUAUGUUCUCUAAAUCCAAAGUAAGUUUUGGCCAUGAUGAUAGGAUAGUGAUUGGGCCCUAAAAGUAAACAUGUGUUACAGUAAUAAUAUCAACAAGAAGUGUCUAUGAUUUGAUUACGAAAUGUUUAGAGUAAAAUUAUUUUGUACUCUACUGCCGAACGAAAUAAAUACAACAUAUCAACAAUAAUUGGCUACAAUUUUACCACAGGUGAUUUCAAAUCAAAUUAAGUUAUUAAUUCCAAUACUUCGUUAGUAAGAAAAUGCUGUAACUGUUUCCUUCAAUGUUGAUUAGCAUAAUAUAUUUUUGUGAUUCUGAUGAAGUUCUCAAAUUUUAAAUACUAAUUCGAUUAGAUAUCUGCAAUAUUAGAUUAUUCGUUAGAAGGGAAGGGAAUUUUAAAACUUAGGAUACAAUUGAUGCUGUUACAUCGUUUUCUUACUAACUAGUUUUUUUCUAUUUUUGUUUUUUUUUUCACAAUUACUUUAAAAUACAGAUUAUUAUAAUGUUAUAUGCAUAAAGGAUAUGCAUCACUAACCUGGCAGUUAUAGUUCGAAAGCAAUUAUAUUAAGUUUUAAAAAUUUAUUAUGUAGUUGUCAAAACUUUGUUAUUUCUGUUUACAAUUGGCUGGAAAGAUCGUUACUCGUAUAUAAAUAACAGACUUUGUAACUACUUUGGAUUGUGUAUAUUAGAAUGAUGAAUAUUAUACACAAUGGUCGAUGCUUAUUCAUUGCCAUCAUUUAUAUAUGUUCAAGUAGUUCGUUAUUAUGAAGUAAAUGUCUUGUAUAUUUGGUAUGAUAACCUAAACACUGAUUGUAUGCAGAAAUUUUGUUAUUAUGCUUAUUUACUUUUCGACAACUGUUGAUAUAAUUGUUAUAACCAUCACAAUCUUUGGUAAAUAGUCCUCUGCUUUUAAGAAUUUAGUGAAAUGUGACAAAGUUUAUCUGUUAGACUUGUAUGAAGGUUCAUCUAUAAUAUUUUAGUUCAGAUUCUGACGUUACUUUACAAACACAAUUUGAUACCUUUUAAAUUUGUUAUGUAAUGAUUGAAAUGAACUUCGAAGUCAGUAAUGUGGCAUAAAGGGAUGUUCUAGUGUAUGAGAUGAGGACUUGUUACUGUUUUCUUCUGGCGUGAGGUGCGAAAAGACUGUUGUUACGUUGCUGGAGUGAAAUCGUUGAUGACUUGCCGCAAUCACCGACCGCAGUUCCGCCUACCAGGCCUCGAAGUCGUCUUACAUAGUGGUGGUUUAUAAGUGACUGGUUAGAGAUUAGCAUGUAAGGCACCGGGAAGACUACAGAUUGGGCCAAGCUCGUAUAUUUUUAUGUAAUUAGUCUUAACUUUCAAAUUGGAAAAUUGUUCAAAAUUAUAGGAAAUUCGCGCACUUCUUUUUGAUUUAUUUAUGAUAAUUUUCACAUAACUAGCAAACACGAGCAAAAGUUUAAUAUAUGUAAUAGUGUUCGAUCUCAUAAACAAUAUAUACUCAUAGUUUUUCUCUCAAGUAUGUACUAGAAAAAUAGUAAAAUCCGUGUUAGAGUUACAAUAAAAUGACACAUAUUAAAUCUUAACAAGAUAGCUGCAGCUGCGUAAUGCAUUUGUUUCUGAUUGAUGUUGGUGUUUAUUCUACGUGGCGAUUGUAAUGUGUAUUCUAUGCAAUAAAUACUACUAUGUUAUUGUAGUGGCACACUUCACGGUUGUUACUUUUCCUAAACAGUCGGUUGGAGCGCCAACCGACAAAAUGUGUAUGUAUGUUAUUUUAAGCGAUACUAAACCGCUCUUGUCUAAUAGAACUUACUGUCAUCACUGAAUUGUUUGUGUGAUUUGUAUUAUUAUUCUAUACCGCAGCUUAGAUGUAUACACGAUUAUAAAUAAUCUGUAUUUUCUAA